GUCCGUGUAAAGAAGGGAAGAGAAAGGAGAGGUGUGGUGGAUACAGAACAAGACGAGGGAGGGGCUGCAGAGGAGAAGAACAAGAGGGAAGAGACAGAGUCAGUGAGCUGGGGAAUGUGGGACGAAAAGUUGCGAGAGACGGGAGAGCGAGUCGAGUGUGGAACGAUGUCAGGAAGAGGGGAACUUUGGGAGGGAGACAGGGGUGAUCUGGGGAAGAAGAUGAGUGAUACCAAGGUUGGCAGGGGAGGGGAGGGGGGAUCAAAGCAGAUGGAAAAACAAAGGGGGGGAGGAGGGAUAAACAAGAGACGACAGAUUCGUCAGAAAAUGGAAAAGUUGGAGAAGGAGCGAUUGAAAGAGAUGACGACAAACUUACCAGAUUCACACACUCCGC